AUGAGGCUCUUGAGAUACUACUCGAUUCUCCCCAAACCCAACCUAGAGAUCAGGUCUAUCAUCACCAACAAGGAUGCCUACAAAGACUCCAUUCUUAAACGAGAGACCAAAAAUCUUCUACACAACCUCGAGACUGUGGCCUCCCAGAGACCCCAGGAACUCGAGCUCAUCGCUCGCCUAAACAGUUUGAAACACAAAAGAGCCCAAAUCACAAAGUCCAUCACUCCCGAGAACAAACAAACGGUGCUCCCACAACUUGCAGACAUCAAGAAAUCCAUCAAAAGUCUCGAACCGAAGGUCGACGAGCUUUCAGCAACAGUUUUGGCCAACGCUGAGGCUCUUCCAAAUCUCAUUGACCCAUCUGUCAAACUGCACCAACAGGUGGUGGAGUACCUCAACGUCCUCGAGACCGAGAUACCAUCACCUCUACCCGAAGAUGAUGAGACUCUUCGAGUAUUCGACCACAAAACCAUUGGAGAAAGAAAGGGAAUAUUUGAAUUUGCCAAAGCUUCAAAGAUUUCGGGGUCUUCGUGGUACUACUUGGUUGGUGACGGGGCGUUGCUUGAAAAUGCCUUGGUUCAGUACGCGUUGGCACAGGCCACCCACCACCACUACCAAUUUGUCAUUCCGCCCACAAUUGUGAAGAACGAAGUCAUCAAAGCGUGUGGGUUCAAGCCCAAAGAUCAGCAUAACGAGCAACAAAUCUAUGAAAUCAGCGACAGCGACUCAUCAUUGAUCGGAACAUGUGAGAUUCCUCUCGCUGGGUACCAUGCCAAUAUCAACUUCCAGGUGUCUGAGCAGUUUCCCAAAAAAUACGUGGGUCUAUCACGGUCUUUCAGAGCUGAGGCCGGUUCGAGAGGAAGAGAUACCAAGGGGUUGUACCGAGUCCACGAAUUCACCAAGUUGGAGUUGUUCCACUAUACGACGCCCGAAUCGUCUGCGCUCGAAUUGGAGCAGUUGAUGGAGUUCCAGAAGAGUCUAAUCAAGAACUUGGGAUUGAAGGCCAAAGUCAUCAAUAUUCCCUAUAACGACUUGGGAGCCCCCGCGUACAAGAAGUACGACAUCGAGGCGUGGAUGCCGGGAAGGAAUAGCUGGGGCGAGUUGACUAGUUCUUCCAAUUGCACAGACUACCAGUCUCGGAGACUUAAUAUUCGAUACUUUGACCAGGAAAAGAACCUCAAGUAUGUGCACACGUUGAACGGAACGGCUAUGGCGGUGCCUCGGGUGAUUGUGGCAAUUGUGGAACAAAACUACGAUCCGGUCACCGAUCAAAUCAAAAUCCCCGACGUGCUUGUCCCAUUGAUGGGUAAAAAAUAUAUAUAG